AGAGAGGGGAGAGGGAGGACGACGACGAUUCAUACCGCGCCACAACACGCGUCGAAAGCGACUUUCGUUUUUUUGUACCCAGAGCGCAACAGCAGACCUUUAGAGACGCGAAUUUACUUUGAGGAGCUCUCUUAUAUUUUAUUUUCUUAAUAAUGCUCACAGCCGGAGCUGAAAAGUUUCAUUUAGGUAGCUGUCUUAUGUUAGCUACUUAGUCCGAACUAUAUUGCUCCGCACCCCAUGAACUUUGGAGAAUCAAGAAACCUCGGUCAAAAUGAGAGCUCAAAUUGAUGUUAUACCGUGUAAAAUCUGUGGUGACAAAUCCUCUGGGAUUCACUAUGGCAUUAUUACAUGUGAAGGGUGCAAGGGUUUUUUCCGACGCAGCCAGCAGAACAAUGCCAUGUACUCGUGUUCACGGCAGAGGAACUGCCAGAUCGACCGAACCAACAGGAACCGCUGCCAACACUGCCGCCUGCAGAAGUGCCUGGCACUCGGCAUGAGCCGUGAUGCGGUGAAGUUUGGCCGAAUGUCAAAGAAACAGCGGGACAGCCUGUACGCGGAGGUGCAGCGGCACCAGCAGCUGUCUCAGGAGUGUCUGGCGGGUUUGGGUGGUGGUCUGGCACCGCGUGACCGUGAAGAGAUGGAUGAAGACAUCACGCACAGCCGGCCGUACAGCAGCGGAGGCUCCAGCUCCACCCUCAGUGACCUGGACGACAUCGCCACGCUGCCUGACGGUUUGCUGUUUGACCUGCCGCUCACCCCAGAGGAGACGGGCGAGUACUGCGCUCUGGAGAUGCUCGGGGGCGUUGGCGGGUUUGGGAGUGCUGGAAGUGGAAGUUCGUCCAAUCAGAAUAUCUCUUUGGGUUUGAGACUUUAGUCUUUGCAAUUUUAGGGAUCUUAUCUAUUCACGAACAGCUUAUACACAGAUACUAAAAAAAAAUUUGUUCAUGUGUUGAAUUUCUGUUUAGAGCGAAUCACUCAAAAUGUCGUGAAGUCUCACUUGGAGACGUGUCAGUACAGCACAGAAGAGCUGAAAAAACUCAUCUGGAACCUCUACACACCUGAAGAAACCCGCAGCUUUCAGCUCAAGUCUGCAGAAUGGAUGUGGCAGCAGUGCGCCCUGCACAUUACAAACGCCAUCCAGUACGUCGUGGAGUUCGCCAAGCGAAUCUCUGGAUUCAUGGACCUCUGCCAGAAUGACCAGAUCAUCCUGCUCAAAGCAGGAUGUCUGGAAAUCCUGCUGAUCCGAAUGUGCCGUGCUUACAACUCUUCAAACAACACAAUGUUUUUUGAUGGCAAGUUUGCCAGUCCUCAGCUCUUCAAAGCUCUCUGGUGUGAUGACCUGGUGAACGCUGUCUUUGAAUUGGCUAAAAGUCUGAGCCGUCUUCAGCUGAGUGAGGAGGAAAUGGCUUUAUUCAGCGCUGCGGUCCUGCUAGCUCCAGAUCGGCCGUGGUUGACAGAGUCUCAGCAGGUGCAGAAGCUCCAGGAGAAGGUUUACGUGGCUCUUCAGCACAGCCUGCACAUGAACAGAGCCACUACUGAGAAACUGGAUAAGAUGGUGUCCAAACUACCGCAGAUGAAGUCCAUCUGUAACCUGCAUAUUGACAAGCUGGAGUUCUUCCGCCUGGUUCACCCAGAAACAGCGUACAGCUUCCCGCCUCUGUACAGGGAAGUGUUUGACAGUGAGAUCAACUUCCCUGACUCCACCAACAGUUAGAGAGUGGGAAAAAGAGGGAGAUAGUGAGGGAGAGAAUGACAGAGAGUGUGAAAGGGAAAUUACGAGUGUGUUAAGGCAAGAGAUGCCAUGACGAGUAAAAAACAGCAUUUCAAACAAACACAUUUUAAAAACCUCCAGGGAGAAUUCUCAGUCUGUUGCAGCACUAUUAGCAUACAUACACACACACACACACAAUACACUACAAACACACACUUAACCUGCUGCGCAAAUGCUCAUACACAAACAUAGGGGCCAACAAAAUAUUUCAGAUUCGACAACACACAAAACAUUGGGAUUAUUCGUAUUGGAAUUAUUCCUGGAGUUGUGCUCUCAAAUCCAUUUUUAUUUUAUGGAAACACUCUGAAAUUAUCUUUUAUGUACAGAAGUUGUCCCAACUUGUUGAUGUCUAAGCAUGGCACUAUUCCUUCUGCAUCUGUACACAGAUAUAUUUAAAGGAGUUUUUAUAAGCGGUUUUAUAAUUGUAAGAAUUUUACAGGAUCAAACUCUCUUCCACGUGAACAUUCAGGAGAGCACAACACUUUUUAAUGAAGCGAUUACAACAUACUAGGUGACCGUCACCCGUUCUUCCCCACCAAAUCACUCUUAAAGCACUAAUAUCACUUUUUUUUCUCCUCCCUCUCCCCUCAUUUUUCACCCUCAGACGAGUCACGAAUGUAUCCCAAAAGCACUUAUUUUGAUAUGAGACCGAAUGUACACAAUGCACUUUUGGUCUUGCGUUAUGCUUUAUGAGACUUUAUGACAAUCCACUCAGAAAAAAAACAAACAAAAAAAAACUGAUGUGCCCAGAUUGUUUAUUAAAAAUGAAGGGACCAAUGUUACAAGUACUACAGGAACGUUCCACAUUAAAUACAAGUCAAGCUCAUUUAAUCAAUAAUAAAUAAUCAUUUUGAAAUGAAUAUAUUUAGAAAAAAUGUUUUCAAAAAUAAUUUUGAAUCAUCUCGGACAACGAACAAGUAUUGACAGAAAUGCACUUAUAGUGGAAGUCUAUGGGGCAUUUGUACAUUUAUAAAACAGCUGUUCAUAACCUUACAAUUCAUAACUGUAUCUGAUAGCAUCUGAGUUUAACUUGUAUUUAACCUUGAAUAUUCCUUUACAGAUAUUUAAACAAACCAGUUUUUAGUCAUCCACCUGUUAAUCACUAUAAGCGUGCAGUCAUGGCCAAACGUUUGUGAACGCCUUGUUUUGUUACAAUAACGCAAACGGCAACCACAAAAUCCUCACUUUAACAGUUAUUUACAUGACCUCAUACCUCAUAUUCAGCAGAAUUUGUCACAUUUAGUACAGUAUUAGACUCUAGUAAACAACUUCUUAUAUGCAAAACAUAUUCAACAGAAUACAGUCUUAUUUAUAAGGGGUUUGCAAAUUAUGGCAUGACUAUAAAGAAUAGAGUGCAUUAGUGCCCGUCCAAUUUUUCAGCAGUGUUGGUUUUGGAAGUAUUUUUACCUAGUAAUUUUUUUCCCCAUAGCGAUUUGGUCUUUGUUAAAGUGUUACAAGCCAUGAACCAAACCAACAAGCUACAAGGAGAAUUACAACAUUACAAACUUUAAGUUGAAGCAAAAAAAAAUAAAAAGGGGCAAAAACACAGGUACAAGAUUGUAUUAAUGUCUUUAGUGAGGGGGAAAAACUACAAACCCAUGAAGCACUGCGAUUGACAAUCGACUUAAUGAUGGUGAAAUAAAAAACUAUUUAUUUAAAGUUUUGGAUUGAAUCAAUAGAAACUAUAUAUUUUAAGUUUGUUUCAAAAUAUGCACGCACACACAUAAAUAUUUAAGUAUUUUGACUGACUCGUGUCAUUUGCGUUCCCUGCAAGCUCUUUUGCUGAGAUUUGCUGGGUGCGACUCUCUGAUUGGUGUGAUUGUCUGAACAGCAUCAUGGGUAAUGUAGCUUCUCAUUACAAAUUCCACUGUUAAAUAUGACUAUUUUAAACAUAAGCUGAAAUAAUGCAAACAGAUGGUUGUAACAAAAGAAUAUACUAUCAAUUAACAACCUCGCUGCUCACAACAGUUCUGUUAUUGUUAAAAUGUUUCAGUUUUUACUUCCGGAACCAGACUGUCACACUCUGUCGGCAAAUAGAAUAUUUGACACAGUUGUUCCACCCACACAUGCUCUUGUUUGCUCAGGCACAUUUUGACAGUGUUUGGUGCUGCACCUUAUUUUUUUAUUUAAUUUUUCUUUUUUUUUUGUCAUUUUAAUGCAAUGAGAAACCUCAGUCCCACAUCCCCUUCCCUUGUAAAUGCCACUUUAGAAUAAGAAACAGUUAAAUGUUCAUUUAAUGUAUAUGGACAUUUCUAAAAGAUUAUUUUGAAUAGGAAUGUAAAUACAUUUGUAUAUUUAGUCAAGAAAGAAAAAGAAAGGUGGAACAGGAAGAGAAAUAGAAAUGUUUUAAAAAAUGAACAAGCCAGGACUUUCAUCAGCCGGCUUUUGAGUUCCUCCAGCAUGUGCAUGGGAAUACCGGAUCCAAAAGAUGAACUGGCAUGGAUUUUGUUCCGGAACUGCCCUCCAUAAGUGACCCAGAUGAAACACUUACAGGAGACGGACAGUUAUUCCGAGCCAGGCUGGAUGGCUUUUCAACAUUGUUCUCUGGGACACACACAGAGCUGGGACGACCUUGAUGACCCCAGCUUCAUGUUAUGAGAACCUUCCUCAUGUAGGAUCACAUGUCUGGUGGUCUUCAGAUGCUAAAGCAUUGUUCUCACAAAUCGAAAGAAAAGAACAAGAGAAAUAGAGAUUCAAUCAAAGCUCAGUCCAGCAGGUUUCGGGUACAGAUACGCCACAUGCAACUUGUGGCCAGUGUGGUUUCUGUUGUAUUAUUUUGUAAAUUGUUGAUUGCAUCUCCUUUUGUCCAUUUCUGUGACCCGGAUCGCAUCCUUCCAUCAUAUUUUUCCAUACUCAUGCACCAAAACAUAGCUUCGACUAGAUGUAGAGUCGAGGUUCAUGGUAUUGUUUAUAGUACUACAAUAUAUACUACACAACUGGUUUUAAGCGCUUCAGAUGAAUGAAUGAGAGCUUGUAUUCUGUAUGAAAGAUGAAAUAUGGUGUUGUAUCUCGGUUUUUAAUGAACAAGAGGAAAUCUGUCUUCUUUUUGUGUGCCCAACAUUACAACCUCUCACAUCAAGGAGUGUAGCCUGCCCUUGUUUCAGAAUGAGAAGUAUGGGAGUUCUGUCUGUGUAAUGUAUUUUUAAAUGUGUUGUUUUGACAAUCCCCACCUCUAGGCCUUUGAUGCAUGCCUUCCUGUUAAGACAGAAUUGUGUUUGUCUCAUUCAGUCACCCUGUAAAGCAAUUUCUGUGGUUUCAUGUUUAUUUUAUUUUUGUAGAAGAAAUGUUUCUGCUCUGUGUGUUUCACACA